AUGCCUCCUAGGAAUGUCACCUCAGUGGCGCCAGCCAGAAACUCGUCGACUUCUUACGUCUCUGGCAUUGAUUUCGGCACGGAGCAAAAGGUGUCUCAGGACAUUAAGGUAGCCGAUGCCGAGCAAAAUGAUGGCGAGGCAUCGGAGCCAGGGCAGCUGAAGCGCCGCCUUAAGAGCCGACACUUGCAAAUGAUCGCUAUUGGUGGAACUAUCGGAACUGGUCUCUUCAUCUCAAGUGGUACUGCCCUCGCGGAGUCCGGUCCCGCCGGUGCGCUGAUCGCAUAUAUCUUCAUUGGUACCGUCGUCUUCUCUGUUAUGGUCUCCCUCGGUGAGGUCGCGACUUUCAUUCCCAUCACCGGUGCCUUCACGUCCUACGCCGCACGAUUGAUCGACCCCAGUCUCGGUUUCUCCAUGGGUUGGAUCUAUUGGUUCAACUGGGCCUCCACCUUCGCAGUCGAACUUACAGCCACCGGAACGAUUAUACAAUAUUGGCGAGAUGAUCUGAACAUUGCGAUCUUCAUCGGAGUCUUCUGGGUCUUGAUCACGGCUUUGAACUUCAUGCCAGUCGGAUUCUAUGGCGAAAUCGAGUUUUGGUUCUCUACGAUCAAGGUUGUGACGGUCAUCGGCUUCAUGAUCUUUGCGAUUUGCGUUGAUUGUGGUGUCGGCAAACAAGGCUACCUCGGCUUCCACUACUGGAAAGAACCCGGUGCUUUUGCGACUCACCUUGUUGAGAACCCACCAUCGGUGGGUAAGUUCGUCGGUUUCUGGGCUGUGCUUAUUCAGGCUGGUUUCUCGUAUCAGGGAACUGAACUGGUCGGUAUCGCCGCUGGAGAAACUGAGAACCCCCAGAAGACAGUGCCCUCGGCCAUUCGCAAGACCUUCGUCCGCAUUGGUCUUUUCUUCGUCUUGACCAUCUUCUUUAUUGGUUUGGUUGUGCCCUACACCAAUGACCGGCUCACAACAGGCACAAGCAACGGCUCUUCCUCGCCCAUGGUUAUCGCAGCUGAUCUUGCUGGUAUUGCCGUGCUGCCAAGUCUGAUCAAUGCCGUUCUGUUGACUGUGGUUUUGUCGGCUGCCAACUCCAACGUGUACAGCGGUAGCCGUGUGUUAACCGGUUUGGCUCUUGAGGGCUUUGCGCCCAGAUUCUUUGCGCGCGUCACUAAGAAGGGUGUCCCCUACUACAGUGUGGCAUUCACUGCUGCGUUUGGUCUCCUUGCCUUCAUGAAUGUAUCCAACAAUGCAGGAACCGUUUUCAACUGGCUAGUCAACCUCUCCAGUGUUGCUGGGUUCAUCACUUGGUCCUGUAUCAACGCAUGCCACAUUGCCUUCAUGCGUGCGCUUAAGGCCCGGGGAAUUUCCCGUGACGAUCUUCCUUACAAGGCUAUCGGCCAGCCGUGGUUGGCUUGGUAUGGUCUUUUCUUCAAUAUCUUGAUUGCCAUCACCCAGGGAUUCACCUCAUUCAUCCCCACCUUCGAUGUUCAGGACUUUUUUAUCGCCUAUAUCUGUGUGAUUAUCUUUGUGUUGCUUUGGGUUGGACAUAAAUUGUGGACACGCUCACACUUCAUCUCCCCUGCCGAGGCCGAUCUUGAUACUGGCCGAGUCGAGUUCCAGAAGGAGACAGAGAUACCUCAGCCAUGGUACUGGCGUGUGUGGGGUUGGGUCACCAAGUAA